AUGAACACUGCUUCAAAAAUCCGAAAGCCCCAAACUAAUAAUUUUACCUCCAUUUUGGACCAGAUCCUAAAAAAAUAUAACCUAUCCACCGAAUCUAAUCCAUCACAAUUACAUGUCUACGCUAGUGAACUCGGUGCUAUGUUACCAGAUUGGAAAGCUCAGUGCGGUAGUCGUGACAUCAAGUACAAGUUUUGUAUAAGUUGUGAAAAACAAUAUUUUAUACGACAAUUCGGCCAAUGGACAAGUAACAAUGUCGAAAUAGAUAGAUUUAUAAAGUAUACACAAACCAAAGCAAUGGCUCAAGUAGAAUUUUUCGAGUGGAUAGAGUGGUCAGAAUUGGAUCUUAUCGAGUAUGAAGACACAGGAUUAUAUAGUACAAUUUAUUCGGCAUAUUGGAUCGAUGGGCCUAUUUUAUUAUGGGAAAAAACCAUGGACUGUUAUAUAAGAAAUGGACCGAUCAAGGUCGCGAUUAAAAGAUUCAACAAUUCUCAAAAUAUAUCUGAAGAAUUCAUCAAUCGUUUAUAUAAAUUACAUAGUUGUGUACGAAGCAAUUAUAUUAUUGAUUGUUUCGGACUUACACGAGACAAUACUUCGUGUUUUUGUUUGGUAAUGAAAUAUUAUGAAAAUGGGAACCUUUAUCAAUUUCUUGACAAAUCGAAAGGUGUACUUUGUUGGCGCGAUAUAGUUGAAAUACUCUGGUCAAUAUCCAAUGGUCUAGACCAUAUCCACCGUCAAAAAUUAUUCCACGCAAAUCUUCACGGAGGAAAUAUAUUGGUUGACAAUGAAAAUGAUUUUAUAUAUACAUGCAUUAGUGAUGUUGGAUUAAAUAUUCCAGGGGGGAGAGUAGAAGGUGAAGAAACGUUUUCUUCUGACGAGAAUAACAUAUACGGAGUGCUUCCUUAUAUAGCACCUGAGGUUUUAUUAGGUCGUUGUUAUACUUACAAAUCGGAUAUCUACAGUUUUGGACUUUUGAUGUGGACAUUAGCAGCAGGGACAAGACCUUUUUAUAAUGUGGCGCAUAACGAAGUGCUAGCGCAAAAAAUUAUAGAUGGAGAAAGACCAAAGAUAAGCAAAGACGCGCCCAAAAGUUAUAACGAUCUCAUGGAACAAUGUUGGAAUCAUGAUCCCACGAAACGACCAACAGCUUCGAAAUUAUAUGAAACAAUCGGAUCAUGGUUUACAAAGAUCUGUAACGAUCCUACUCCUACUGAAAUUUCAGUGGAAUUUGAUCAAGCAGAAGAAAUAAAAUUUUUGAAACUCGAAAAAUAUACAUUCCAAAAACGAAGGAUUCAUAAGGAAGCGAUUUACACAAGUCGUUUAUUAAAUUUCCCAGCACUUCGGCAAUAA